GGGUGGGAAAGAUAGCCAGCUUGUGAAUCUUCCGUGUGCACGACGAGGUCAUUCCUAGUCCCAUGAAACGCUUUGGGCUAUUUAUUAUUCCAGGGAAGGGAUGUGCAAUUCUGCGAUUUGUGUUGGUCAACCUUGGCAUCACAAGAAAUUGAGAUUGGCCUUCUCAAGACCGAUCGGAUCCCGUCCCGUCCGUCCCUAUCGCGGCAGUUUUUACCCGUGCGAUCUCUAGGCAGUGAAGUCAGACACACAGAGAGAGAGAGAGAGAGAGAGAGAGAGAGAGAGAGAGAGAGAGAGAGAGAGAGAGAGAGAGAGAGAUUGCACGUGUGAUCAUUCGGGUGAAGAGUGAGGUUUUACGAGCUAUCUUUCGGAGUUGAGUCGGACGCAGAAAAUCUUUCACACAGAGAGAGAGAGAGAGAGAGAGAGAGAGAGAGAGAGAGAGAGAGAGAGAGAGAGAGAGAGAGAUUACACGUGUGAUCAUUCGGGAGAAGAGUGAGGUUUCACGAGCUAUCUUUAGGGAGUGGAGUCGGAUGCAGAAAAUCUUUCACGGAGAGAGAGAGAGAGAGAGAGAGAGAGAGAGAGAGAGAUUCCACGUGUGAUCAUUCGGGAGAAGAGUGAGGUUUCACGAGCUAUCUUUAGGGAGUGGAGUCGGACGCAGAAAAUCUUUCACAGAGAGAGAAGCUGCACUAUUUCAGUAGAAGUGGAUGGAGGAUGAAGAGCGAGAGAGAAAGAGGAGGAAGAAUUGGCGUGUGGUAAAUGAAUAUGGUUUAUUGCUGCUUGCUGGACAGAACCGGGUUGUUCCACCGAGGAAUCCGACGGGGAGAAUACUGUGAUCUGGUGCGGUCGCUAUGAUGUAUGAUAUCGGCAGAAUCCCAUCUCGUCGUGUAUCUUUUCUUGGACUUGUUAGUGGUGGUGGACUCUGCUAGUGGCAGUAAGAGCAGGUGGUGGUUGCUUAUGGGCUGUGUGGAUGUAUGGAGGCCAAGGGUAAGAAGACAGUGCCAGCCUUUUGUAUUCUGAAUCGUGAGCGUACUUUUCGGUCGUCGCAAGGCGGGGGGGGCAGUAGCAGGAGGAGAAGUGAUUUUGUUUCUUAGUGCAGACUAGCAAUGACUGGAAGAGAAGAGAUUUUUUGAGCAAGCUCUGGUCUCGUGGCCAUUUACCAGCAUGACUCCAGCUAUUGGAGCACUGCUAACGUUCCCUCCUUUUAUCUCUCGAAUUAGCGGCAAUUGAAAUGUACCAUGAUAUACAAACACACACACCGAGAGAGAGAGAGAGAGAGAGAGAGGGAAAGGUGGUGUGGGAUGUAUGCGAGGAGAGAAUUGAGUGAAUGGGCUUGUGUGGAAUUGUUGUGUAAGAUCCGACGAGCCCUUUUGUGUUCCGUUUGCAGAAACUAGUUUAGCUCAUCAAGAGAGAUGAAUGAAGGCGGUUGUGAUUCUCUGGUGGCGUGCUAGCCAUUUUAUGUUGGAUGUAUGUAGUUCAAUUGUUGCUCAUGUACUCCCAAGUUUGAAUACACACUUCGAGAAUUUCGGACACAGUUUUUUGGAAUUACGGAGCGGCAAUCUUUGUCCUGCUUUGAGGAGGAUUUUAAGGAAACGAAGAGUCGCAACUUUUGUCCUUUCUGGCCAGCAGACUUUCCUCUUAAGGAAACGAAGAGUUGCGAUUUUAAGGACAAUCAACCCUUAAGGAAACGAAAUGUUUUUUCAGAGUUUAGAGAAGUGUUGAUUGUCCAUGUGAUCUGUAGGAUUGCUUGCGCAUUUCAGGGGAGGGGCUGGAGGUCCAAAGCUCUGUUCGAGAAGUGUGUUUCUGUCUGCUAGCGUUGGAGUGUGUUCCUAUCCUAUCUGUCGGAGGAUCUGUCUUUCUGGCAUUGGAGGUUCAAGAAAACAAUACAGUGCGAUCUAUUGUCUUUACGGC